UUCGGCACCUUCCUUGCAUCAUUCGAGUUUGAGCGUGUGCACAUAUCGUCAAUCAUGAUGCGACGUGGCUUGUCCUUGGCGCCUCGAGCGGUGCUUUUGCCGUUAUCAAGACAAAACCUUCCUCACGCCCGCGCGUCGUUGUUCUCGAGCAUUCCGAAAGUUCCGGCUGCUGCAGCCGCCGUGCCGUCGCACGACGUGUCGGCCGCGAUUGCGCAGGCGAUGGCGGAGGAGGAAGCGCGCAAGAAACGCAAGCCAGAACACAUGCCGAUCCGAGCCGUGCACCUCGCGCGCAAGAUGGACAUUGUGUCGCUGUUCCAGCGGCUGUACACGGAUCGCUUCAAGGUGAGCCACUACCUGUACAAGGACUCGAUCGUGCUGCGGCUCAGUGCGACGAGCGACGACCGCAACGCCGCGUGGCUGUCCAACCUCAACUUGAACAUGAAGCCGUCGACGUUUCCCGCCAUGACUCCAUCAGCUCCUCCGUCCUCGGAAUCGUCAUCCUCGCCCUCGACCACCGAGGUUCCAUCGCGCCGCGCCAAGGACAAAUGGGUCGUGUACUUUGACUACGGCGCCGUCGUGUUCUUCAACUGCGACGACUCUCUCACGGAAACAUUGGUCAAGCAUGCCAAGAAGUACUGCAGCGACGCGUUCGACAUCCGCGGCCACGACGAGGAGCUGCUUCUGGUUACCGACCCCGUCCAAACCACAUGGAGCGAGCUCAAAGAGAACAACAUUCGUGUGCAAGAGAUUGACCACGUCAAUAUUCAGGUGAUUGCGGGGGUGCUGGCGCAAACCGUGGCGUUGGAGCACUACGAACGCCAAGUGGAUGCAAUCUUGGCCGAGUUUGAAAAGCUCAACACCCUCGUCGAGAAGAAGGGCCCCCAGACCGCGCUCUUUGGCCUCACGUUCCUCGGCACCCAGUCCACCGAGCGAGAGCAGCACCGCAAGCUCUUUCAAAUCGUCGCAACCAACAACACCCUUCUCAUCGACCUUGUGAGUAAACUGCGCGUGAUCGACCGCAAGCGACCGGGGGAUGCCGCGUGGAGCCAUACGCGGUACCAUAGCAUGUGGGAGACGUUGUUGGAAGAGUUCGAACUGAACGAACGAUUCAACAACUUGAACUUUAAGCUCGAGCUCAUCCAGCACAACACCAAGUUUUUCCUUGAAGUGCUGAGCUCGCACAAAGGCACGCGAAUGGAAUGGUAUAUUAUUAUUUUGAUUGCCGCCGAAUUAGCCAUCAGCGCGUACGAAUUAGCAAUGAAAUUGCAUUAAUACAAUGUCCCAUCGCCCCACGUUUCUUGACCUCAACUCUCGUGUGGUUGUCGAUCUACAGUACUUGCUUGGGCAACAACGGAUGAUAUCGACGACUACUACCCCCCUCUAGUCGUCGGACGUCUUCCACUGCGCAUGUUCGUGCGGUGCCUUCCGCGACGUAAAUGCCGACGCCGGCUGCCGUCCCCCGCCGUUGACAUGCGCCCAGUACGCAUUGAAAGACGCAAAGUCAGCGCAGGUCAAGUGCACGGCCUUGGUGCGCAGCAUCGACGCCAGCAGCGCCUGUAAUUGCUGGGAAGUGGACCCCUUGGGCACGAAUUCCGAGGCCAGCGUCGUGAUUUUGACAGUGUGGUACGCAUGUGAAAGCACGCGGCAAAAGAGAUGCCACCCCGCCGAUCCGCAUGUAUGGGUUGGCGAAAUCGCUUUGGAUUCGUAUCUACAAUACCCAAAGAAGGACGAUGACGAUAUAUGGACCACGAAGUACACAGCAUGCUAGCUAGAAUGAGUACUAGUUCGUAGUACCGAAUCGCCACAAGGUGGACGCGAGUCGGGGGUGGUAAACUGUCCAAGAUAGGGAGAAACGUCAACACCGCUUUGCCGUUGCUUCGAGUGCCCUACAUACAUACAGUAAAUAAUACAAUUAUAUAUUUCAACAUGCAACUAUUCUAAGCGAUAACUCUAACAAAAC